CUUCUAUCUGACUUCAGAUCUGGAAUGCGCAAAAUUUCUUUGCAAAUGACCUUCUUUGACUUCUCUCCCCAAAGAGAGAAGGAUGGAACAUCAUGGACUGCAGAUUUCCAAGUAAAAACUACAAAUUCCAGGGAGCCUCGGUUUGGCUCUAGGAGAUUUUUAUCCCCUGGAUUCUCCUGAGUCAAUUUGUUCUCUCGCGUCAAUGAAAAAAGACCCAGGGCGACCCCCAGCUUCCAGGUUCCUCCCGAAACUGAUUUAGCCCCUCCCACGAGCCAAAGAGCUGAUUAUAAGAAGCUAAGUUUUCAUGAUCACCUCUCACUGAGGCAGAGCGCAGUCCUGCAGCAGCCGAAAACCAAAGAAAGAGGAAGAUACGGCCGCUCGUGGCAGCUCAUGGAGGGUACUAAACCAAAGAGAUGUGGGUCUAAGAAUAUCCUGGUCAUCCUUGGAUUUUUAUUUGGCUUGGCUGUGAUUGCUUUAAUCACAGUGGGGCUAACCCAGAAUAGGCCACUGCCAGAAAAUGUUAAGUAUGGGAUCGUGCUGGAUGCAGGCUCUUCUCAUACCAACAUGUACAUCUAUAACUGGCCGGCGGAGAAAGAAAAUGACACGGGAGUGGUGCAACAGGUGGAGGUGUGCAAGGUACAAGGUCCUGGCAUCUCAGGGUAUUCCCAGAAUGUGGAAGAAGUAGGCUAUUACCUAAACAAAUGCAUGGACAGAGCUCAACAAGUGAUUCCCAAGGAGCUGCACCAACAGACCCCCGUUUAUCUCGGUGCCACAGCUGGCAUGAGGUUGCUCAGUAUGGAGAGCAGCGCCUUGGCAAACAGAGUCCUGACGGCUGUGAAGGAGAGCCUAACCUCUUACCCUUUUGAUUUCCAAGGGGCCAGGAUCAUCACUGGCCAGGAAGAAGGUGCCUAUGGCUGGAUUACCAUUAACUACUUGUUAGGCAAAUUCAAUCAGAAAAUCAGCUGGCUCAGACUUCUGCCCAGAAGAGAAGGUCCCCAGGAAACCUCUGGGGCCUUGGACCUUGGAGGAGCCUCGACGCAAAUAACUUUCGUGCCCAUCAACGAACAGAUUGAGUCCCAAGGCAACUCCCUGCACUUCCGUCUCUAUGGCAAGAGCUACGAUGUGUAUACACACAGUUUCCUGUGUUAUGGGAAGGAUCAAGCUCUCCGGCUAAAACUGGUCAGGAACAUUCAGGAUGCUGAGAAUGGACUCCUAAGGGAUCCUUGUUUCCACCCUGGCUAUGAAAGGGAUGUGAACAUAAGUGAUUUCUUCAACACACCCUGCAUUUCAAAGGAUGAGAAAUCAUUUCCAUUUCAUAGACUUCAAGUACAGGGUACUGGCAACUACUCAGCAUGCCUGCAGAGUGUACAGAAGAUCUUCAACACCACCUAUUGUCCUUACUCAAGGUGUUCUUUCAAUGGGGUUUUCCUACCAUCCUUACAAGGAAAUUUUGGGGCCUUUUCUGCUUUUUACUUUGUGAUGGACUUCCUGAACUUGACAGAUUCCUCUCUGGAAAACGUGGUUACUAAAUUGCAAACCUUCUGCUCCCAACCAUGGGAUGAGGUGAAAGCACAAUUUCCUAACAUCAAAAUGAAGUACCUCAGUGAAUAUUGCUUCUCUGGGACCUAUAUUCUUGCCCUUCUGCAACUAGGAUAUGGAUUCACUGAGAACAACUGGAAGCAUAUCCAGUUCAUGGGCAAGAUUAGUGGAAGUGAUGCCGGAUGGACUUUGGGCUACAUGCUGAAUUUGACCAACAUGAUCCCAGCAGAGCAGCCUUUGUAUCCACCUCUCUCCCAUUCGACUUAUGUCUUCCUCAUGGUCCUCUUCUCACUGAUCCUGGCAGGCGUGUUCUUCAUUGGCUGUUAUGCCUUUCGAAAGCCUUCAUGCCUUCAGAAAGUAGCUGUAUAGCAAGUCUGGCUGAGAUCAACUGGGUAGAGUAUGGAAGAAACACUCACAGGGAGGAUUUUUCUCCCUCCUGCAAUUUCAUGCUGCACUCCUUCAUGGGAGUUAAUCUUUACCAGCACAAAGCUUCCCUUGACUUCUGCUGCAUAUUUUUUCUCAGGAGGGUAUCUUAUCAUCCAUGUCCCAUGCUUCGUGGCAGAAAUCCAGCAUCUCCUUAUGAUUCUUUCUUUUUCACCUUCUUUCUUCUGUGUUUUUUAUGCUUUUGUGGGUCACAAGAAUUCUCCAGUUUUUAGAACCUUGCUUUCUUGGAUUGAAUUCAUUUGUAAGAGAAGAGAUAAUGAAGCUAGAAAUCAGCAACAGUUACAGAUGAAAGUUAGUGAGAUCUGUGGGGAGGUUGAAUUGGUUGGAUGACACCUCAUCCCAGGAAUCGUUUGAGUUCCUUAGGAUUUUCUUCUAUUUUCCUGCCUCCCAUUUAUGAAGAGCAGAUGGUGCCUCUGUAUGGAGCAGAGUCAAAUGGGCUCCAUAGGAAAUGUCUUUAGACUAGGCCAACAUUGGCUAGGUCCAAAGAGUAUCACACGGCUAUCCUCUGUGGUAGGACAAUGCUUACCUCAGUACCAUACUGUGUCAUCUCUAGGAUGUGAACUUCUGGGGGCAGCCCCAUUUCUUUAAGCGCAGAGUUUGUUCUUAGAGCUGCUAAACAUAUAGACAAACCAGUCAUAGGGCACAUAUCAAGGUGGGUGGGUAUAUGUCAAGAUUUAAGAUAUUGUUUCAACUCAGGGUUGGGAGUUGCGCAUUUUACUGCUGUAUCAAGCCUUAGUACGGGGACAGUCUUACUAGUUUUGGAUGGAAGUGGAAAAAUCUAUCAUUUAUAGAGCAGAGAUUCUUAGACUUUUUCAUCUCAGGCCCCCUUUAUACUCUUAAAAAUUAUUGAGAACCAUGCCCCACCCUCAAAGACUUUUUGUUUGUAUGGGUUAAAUCUGCUGAUGUUUACUGAAUUAGAAAUUUAAAUGUCAGUAUUAUCAUAAAUGUCAUUUUGACUUCAUAGACUCCCAGACUUCUAGGGCCCCCCAGACUACACUUUGAGAACUGCUGCUAUGGAGUAAUAGGUCAUUAGGUUGUCAUGACAAUCUAUAGUAAGGUUAAGUAACAUGCUUCAAAAAACAGUGAUACAGACCUUGUCUUGGGACUAAUUUUCUUGUGUGGGAGAUGGAUGUGUGUUGUUAAUUCUGGGUGGGGUGGGGAAAAGGAGAAGGAUGAAGAAUCCCUGUGCCACCUACCUCCAUGAACUGUUAUAAGCAUUGCUCCAUAGCCAAGAGUAAUGGUGCAUGAUUUUGACCUUGUUCCAAGAUCUUUGACCUCUCCUUCAGCGGGCUCAUCAUUGAGUGGAUGGGGGAAUGAAACAAUUUCACUCAAAAUAAAAGUUACAUGUCCUUUUCCACAAGAACAACAGUCUGCUUUUCACCAUGUCCAAAGGGUAGAAGCUCAUGAGGAGGGAACCACCUUCUCUUCUAUAGUUAUCCCCAGCUGAACCUCCUUGACCUCGAGCUGGAGUCAGAUGCCAGAUCUGGACAUUUAAAUCUGCUCUUAGAAGAAAAACAUCAGAUCAAUGCUCCUUCAGGAUCACUGAAUUUGAGGAUGAAAAACAUACAAACAUUCACCCCAAGACAGUGAGAUGUAAUUUAAACCUUUGUCAGCUCCUUUUUUGUCCUUUGCAUAGAAAUAUAUGAUGUUAAUGCUUUCUUACUACAACCCUAGGAGUAGCUCUUUAAUAAUAAUAACAACAAGCAUUCCUUAUAUUUAUAUCAUGCUUUGUCAUCAUAAAGUACUCCAUUAUCUUAUUUGAGCUGCAUAACAGUUUUGUGCAGGUAUUUUUGCCCCCAUUUUACAGAUGAGAAAACUAAAGCUCAGAGAGUGAGGUCACAAAGCUAGCCUGUGGCAAAAUUGGGAUUUAAAACCAGGUUUUCUGACUCCAGCUCUAGUGCUCUUCUGCUCUGUCCCACUCAUUUUUUUUUCAGGGAAAUACCCUGUGUCUGCCACCUCUAAAGAGCCUUUGAUAAUGAUGGUGAGAAAAAAAAAUUGAGAGGCUAAACAAACACUUCUUUGCAUCUCACUCUAAGUCCCUUGCCCAACUCACUGCAUUCCAAAGUCAAUUUCUUACAACAGUGAGCUUCAUCACACGGCUUGGUCACUAAGAAUUUCAGGGGACAAACUAGCAGUCUCCAGACAAAUCUCAGAAAAAAAAUAAUGGUUGGAAAUAGGCCAAGGCUCUUUUCAGUCCAAGGGCCCACCCAGAAUCUGGUUAACAUACAGAGGUAAGUGAGGGCAGACAAAUCUUUUGAUAUCAUUGUUGCUUACAGCUAGCUGCAAUUAUUUCUAGAGUCUGAGGUCAAGGGAAUGCUCUGUGAUCUGGCAAUACCAUUCCUUAAGACAGGGUAGAGAGUGAGGAUAGGAGGGGGAGUGGGAUGUAUGUGUGAGUGACUUUUUCCCCAUUAUGGACCACAAAAGAAAAACAGUGAUCUAAAUACCACCAUAAAACCAGAUAAUUAGUGUAGGGGUUUGGGUUUGGGUUUUUAGAGAAAUAGAAAAUAAUUCAACUGAUAUGCCCUUAAUAUUAAGAACAGAAUAAAAGAAAUAAUUUUUAAAAGUAUCAUUUCUAUAUCAUGGUUUAUGAGAAAGCUAGGUCUAGGGCAAGGAAUGGCAAAAAGGGUUAAGGGACAUUCAGGGCAAGGAAAAAAAACCUAUCUUUUCCCCCACUUCCCCAAGUGGUGGGAGAUAUUUAAAGCCAUGUUUUAUUUUUGCAACCACAAGUAUUGUGAUAUAGUUUUCUUUGGCCAUUUAUUGCAUUUGAGGUUUUGAAGUAAUUUUUAAAUAGAAUUUUGACAUUGCAGCUAAGAGUUUUUGUUCAGUCUUGAGGUUUUGCUGAUGUUUAAGUGAGGACAGGUAUCAGUUACUUGGUAUCAAUACUUGAACAGUCUGGCAACCUCAAGAAUACACAUACACACACACACAGGCACGUGCACAUGUGCACAGACAUGUACACACACACACACACACAGAGAAAAUGACCUUAAUUUGAAGAUAAGACAAAGACUAUGGGUGUUAGUUUUUUGAUAAUCAAAACAAUUCCUUAAAGUAUAAAUAAAACCAAAAUUAAACAGAUUAACAAUUAUUCAAUUCAGUAGCCAUAUAUUAAGCACCUGCUAUGUUCAAAGCAUAGUGCUAGGCACUGGGAAGAAGGGAGAGGGCAAAGACAACAAAAUGAAAAACAGUGCACAACCUCAAAGAAUUUAUAUUCUACUAGACUAGGAGAGACAGGCAAAGGAAAAUGUACUGUCUUCUUAGAACUAAAUACACAAACAAACAAACAAA